AUGUAUUCUCCAGACGAUCAUCGCAAGUCCGCAAGGCUAUAUAAUCCUCAGCUACCGUCACUUUUCCAUGGGCCCGCUGAACCUCCUCCACAGCAAGACCUUGAUCCUUCCAACCUCACCGACCAACCAGAGUCUUUCAGUCCUAUCUUCGAAGAAGGAGAGAAUAAUAGCAACACCGAUUCUACUGAUCCCACUUAUCCCGCCAACAAUACCAAUAUGGACUUCUCGUACCCACGCAUGCAAAACACCCCUAUCUUGGACGACCAUCCGGGACUAGAUUUCGACAGAGACAGAAUGGCGCCUUACGAGCCAUUUGCUGUGAGUCCUGCUCUCGCCAACGACUUUGGGGCUUUGAAUCCAAUCAACUAUGGCAACAUGGGCCAGCAUAACACCAACACAAACUCGGCGGGCUCGCUGGGGCUGAACCUGGGGAAUCUUUCCUCCUCCCAAGGUCUAGCCUUGAAUCACCGCUCCUCCCAGCAAAAACAGCCGCAGUCACUCAACGGGUCCAUGGGACGUACGUUGAAUGCGAUGCCUUCCUACGGAAGCUCUCAGUACAUCUCAGGCAACUAUACGGGUAUCAAGAAGUGGAACGAUGAGGACUCACAAAGCUCUCUUGGGAACUCGUACCAGGAGAGCACAGCAACGACCCCUAGCCAUAUAGCCAACAAACCGCAGCCGGUCAGAGCGAAGUCAGCUCAUAAUUUGAUUGAGCAGCGGUACAGAAACAAGAUCAACGAUCGCUUCACGGCGCUCCAGAUGCUGGUCCCCACGCUUCGUGUGAUUGCAAAGAAAGCGCAUAAGCACCGUUCAGGCUCGGUAGGUUCCCGUGAAGAAGACGAGGAGGACGAGGAAGAUAUGAGUUCUCCGCCUUUCGACCAUGACGAGGACCUCGAAGGGUUGGAACCAGCAAGAAAGCUCAACAAGGGCACAAUAUUGGCCAAAUCAAUCGAGUACAUCAAGUUCCUCGAGCGCAAAAACGAAAGAAUAAAGAUGGAACACCGCGAGCUUGUGGAAAGAGCGAGGAUGAUGGGCAUUCAGCUUGAUGAGAGCUUGUUAGACGGGCGCUAA